ACCCCAAGAAAGAGACCCUAUCCUAGGGCAGCAAAUUGAAGGUACCCUAAAUGCCAUCGUUUGUGGGGCAGGGUGAGCUUUACUCUCUCUCUCUCUCCAAGACAAGUGAGAGUAGAUGGUACACUAGGUACCGAUGAGGCAUUAUUGUGGGGUUAUUGUAUAUAGGCCUUUACUCUAUAUGACUAUAAAAAAGAAGGAGCUUGGGCAUUGAGAUUCAAAAGGGGCAUUUGGGUUGUGGGGUGUUUGGGGUUGAGCUCUUAGGACAUUUGGGCUGUGGGGUUUUUGGGGUUGUGAUCUUAGUUGGGUUUGAGAUUCUUAGUGAAGAUGAGUGGGGUUGGAGUUGGGAUGAGUCCUGGCAGUGUGCCUGUUUAUCACUCAAGCAAAUUGAGGGUGGUUGAUAGGAGGGUGAGAGUGGCUGAGGUUGUGCUAAGGUGUGUGAUAAGUGGGCUGGGGUUGCUUGCUGCUGUUCUUGUGGGGACUGAUACUCAGACAAGGCAGAUAUUUUCCAUUCAGAAGAAGGCCAAGUUCACUGACAUGAAAGCUCUUAUGUUCCUAGUUAUCAUUAAUGGGAUAGUGGCCUCUUAUUCCUUGGUCCAAGGCCUCCGAUGUGCUGUGAGCAUGCUCAAGGGAAGUGUCCUCUUCAAUAAGUCUCUGGCUUGGGCCAUUUUCUCUUGCGAUCAGGUGAUGGCUUAUGCAAGCUUAGCAGCGGCCGCGGCAGCAACGCAAUCAGCUGCCAUAGCUGAGAAGGGGCAACAAGAUGUUCAAUGGAUGAAGAUUUGCAAUUUCUAUGGAAAAUUUUGUACCCAAGUUGGGGACGGGAUUGUUAGUGCAUUUGUAGUGAGCCUGAGCAUGGUCACUCUAUCGGGGCUCUCUGCUUUUAAUCUCUUUAGGCUCUAUAACAAAGGGAAAGGGGCUUACUAAAUAAUCAUUAUGCACUUCCCACCUCUCUCUCUCUCUCAAUAAUUAUUAUACCCGUCCCACCUCUCUCUCUCUCUCAAUAAUUAUUAUACACUUCCCACCUCUCUCUCUCUCUCAUCCCCCCAACCUCUCUCUCUCUCCACCCUCUCUCUAUCCAUCCUGUUCUUCUUGCCUUUGAAGGCUUUCUAUCCAUCUUCCCUCUCUUCUGUUUAUCUGUGUUUGAUUCCAUCGCUCUUUCUUUCUCAAGGGUAUAAAAUGCUUGCAACUUUUUUGAGA